AUGGCCUCAUUCCCUCGCGCCCUCCCGUUCCCCAUCCCCGUCCCCGCGCGCGUUUCCAUCAUCGCCCUUCUCGCGCUCAUCGCGCUCCUCCGCCAGGCGGAGGCCUACACCGAGCCGCCGAUCCCCGACGGGUGCAUCGCGGAGGUGGCGGAGGCCGACCGGGAAGCCGUGCGCGCGGUGUACGCGGCGCUGCCCGAGGGGAUGUUCUCCUGGCACGACGACAACGCGGCGCUGCCCGAGGGGGUGUUCUUCUGGGACGACGGCAUGUUCGACCAACACGGAAACGUCACGUACUGUUACAUUGUGCCCUCGCCCUGCGACUGGAUCUCCGACUUGAGCCCGUUCCAAUGCACGCCCGCCGGCCGCAUAACGGGCAUUUUUUCCGACCCGAGCCGCCAGGACAUGCCCGGGCCCGUUGGGAGCGGAGGAAGCUGCCCGCCCGGCGCGCUGUCGCCCGCCAUUGGCGACCUCGCGGAGCUCUCGUCGCUUGUUUUCCGCCACUCGUGCCUCGCCGGAAACCUGCCAGACUCCGUCACGCGCCUCCAGAAGCUGACGGAAAUCGUCAUGCCCGAAAACAACUUCUCCGGGCCCAUUCCGCCGGGCCUCUUCCGCCUGCCCGCGCUCCGCCACGUGGAUCUGAGCACACUCAGUACCGACCCGGAUUUUCAACUUCCGUUUCAAGGCCUAUCGGGGUCCCUUCCUGACGGGCCCGACGCGUACUCUUCGUCUUUGGAAGAGGUUAUCCUGUCCGGCAACGCGCUCUCGGGGGAGCUUCCGCGCGCCCUUCUCCGCGCGCCUGCGCUGCGCCAGUUGGACCUGCAGAGCAACAACUUCACGGGGGAACUCCCAGGUGAUGCGGGCGCGUAUUCGCGGAGCAUUACUGCGCUCAUCCUGCGCAACAACAGCCUGUCCGGCGCCAUUCCGCCCGCGCUGGCGGAGAUGACGGCGCUGGGGAAACUCGACCUGGGGGAGAACCGUCUAUCCGGCGCGGUGCCCGCUGCGCUGCGCGACUCCCUCAAGGCGCUCGACGAGGUGCGGCUCGACAGCAACGCGCUCACUGGGCCGUUCUGCGACGCGCUUCUGCCGGCACGCGAGCUCUGGCUGGGCUUCAACGACCUGGGCGGCGCCAGCGGCGGCGGCGGCGGAGGUGAGGAGGAGGAUGAGGGCUCUCUGCAGAGCUGCGUGCUUCCCGCGAAGCUACAGCUACUCAGCGCUCCGCACGCGGGGCUGCGGGGGGACGUUCCGCCCGACCUGUUCCUCGCGACGAACGCGCAGUCGGGGCGCAGGCUCUUUCGUGGGUUUAUGAUGGACCUGAGCCACAACAGCCUCUCGGGCAGCCUGAAAGCUUUCACGGUGCUUCCGUCCGGGGCUUUGGAUCUGUCGCACAACAACUUCUCCGGCGGCAUUCCCGAGGCGUUUUACAGAGAAUUUUCGCGCGUGGACCUGCGGUUUAACGACCUGCAGGGGCCGCUGUUCGACGCGCGCUCGGACUCGCGGUAUGGUCAUUGGAGUUACGACUGGGACGUGCUGCGCGUGAGCAACAACAGCGCGCGCAUGGCGGGCGCCGUGGGCGCGGGGUACCUCCCCGCGCCGGCGCCUGACGUGCGGACCUCCGCUGCGGAGACUGCUGCGCUGCUGGCGGUGCGCAAUGCACUUCUGGGGGAAGCCGCAGGAGGUGAAGCAGCGGGAGGAGCAGGGGGGGGCGCAGUGGCGAAAUCGGUGGCGGAUGGCGGAAACAGCUCGUGGGCGGAGAUACUGCGCAGCUGGGACGCGAGCAGCAGCAGCGCGUGUGCGUGGUACGGCGUGGGAUGCACGGAAGACGGACACGUGGACACGCUGCACCUGAUAGGCGCUUCUAAGGUCUUGCUGCACCCCAACUUCGUCCCGGAAUCGCCCGAAUGCUGGUACGACCAGUAUGGCGACCAGACAUGCGCGCACGACGUUCCGCCGCCUCCCAAUACGGUGUGGUUCUUCCUGCAGGGCCUGCAUGGCGGCAGCGCUAGCUCCGGCAGUGCGAGUGGGAGUCUGUCGGAGGCGUUGGGGCAGCUGACGCAGCUCACCUCGCUGCGCAUCUCCGGGCACGUUCUCUCCGGCGGCCUGCCGCCGACCCUCUCACGCCUCUCUCACCUCGUCGCUCUCGACCUCUCCUCCAACCGCCACCUCUCCGGCUCCAUCCCUCCGGGCCUCUUCGCCCUCCCCUCGCUGCGAGAGCUCUCCCUCCGCGGGAACAACCUCACGGGAGAGGUCCUCCCGACCACCACUGCAGCAGCAGCAGCAGCAGCAGCAGCAGCAGCAGCACUGUCUCUGUCACCGAGCUUGGAGAGUUUGGACGUGGGGGGGAACGCUCUGUCGGGGUCCAUUCCAGCUGCCGUGAGUCUUCUGGCGGGGCUGACGCGCCUGGCGCUGGACCACAACCGGCUGGACGGCAGCUUGCCAAGGGAGCUCGGCGCGCUCUGGAUGCUCACACACCUGCAGCUGCAGGGGAACGCCCUCCAGGGGGACGUCUCUGCACUCGCUGCCGCCUUCCCCCCCCCUGCUGCUGCUGCUUCUGCUGUUGCCAGCGAUGGCAGUACCGCCGACUCUGCUGCCUUGUGGGGCCUCCGCGGGGUGUUUCCGCUGCUGACCCGUCUAGACGUCAGCAGCAACGAGCUCUCGGGCGAUGUAGCCGCGCUCUUCCCUCUCCGGCCAUACCUCCACACGCUGAACGUCUCACACAACCGUCUCACGUGCAGCCCCAGCAAAGCCUCGUGGAGCACCACCUACAUGGACCUGUCACACAACCGCAUCCGCACCCCGCUGAAAGACCUCUUCGGGAACUCCUACGGAUUCUACUCGAGGGUGCUGCGUCUGUCACACAACCAGCUGUCGGGACCCAUCCCUGCCCCUCUCCUGGGACGCAUAUUGUCGGGCGAGUUGGACCUGUCUCACAACCUGCUCACGGGUUCAAUUCCUGCCGUCACAGCUUACACGGAGACGCUUGAUCUGUCGUACAACCAGCUGUCUGGAACCAUUCCCAAGCUCAUUGGCUCCCUGAAAUCUUGGGACUUGUCCCACAACCACCUCACCGGAAAAGUUCCACCGACACCGCCUGGCAUGGUGCAUCUGAACGUGAGCUGGAACCAGCUUGAUGGGAUUGCCACGUGGCAAGAUCAAGAUGGUCGGUGGUUGGAAAGUCUGGACGUGUCUCACAAUGCAAUGGCUGGAAAUCUGCCGGUUUUGGGUCACAGAUUUGGGCUGCUGAGCCUGACCUACCUGGACCUCUCCUACAAUACAUUCUCUGGCACUCUUUCAGAAAAGUCCUUCCCAUUUUGGGGGAACGUGACAGCUGCUCCAGCAAGGAUGGUGCAUACGUGUGGGGCAGAGGUUCGGCUGAGCCACAAUGAGCUCACUGGGAGCAUCUCUAGUUCCGUCUUCUCCGCGUGCCUCUCCCUGCUUGACCUCUCCCACAACCAGUUCUCUGGCCCCAUCCCAGUCCCUCCCCAAGGGAACAGCCAGAGCUCCUCCCUCGUCCCCCUCUCCCACUUGGACCUCUCUUCCAAUAAACUCACAGGAAGCAUCUCCAAUGCUCUUGUCACCGGCCUCACAGCCCUAUCCCACUUGGAUCUCUCCAACAACCUGCUCUCAGGCUCUCUGCCCCGCUCACUAGCCCUCGCCCCCGCGCUCACCCACCUGGACCUCUCACGCAACAAGCUCAAGGGCUCCCUGCCUGCCUUCUGCCAGGGCAAGCAGCGCCUCGCCUCUCUCCUCCUCUCCUCCAACGCUUUCUCCGGCCCCCUCUCCUCCCUCCUCCCCUCCUCCUCCUCCUCCUGCGCCUCCUCCCUCAUCUCUCUAGGCAUCUCCAACAACCAGCUCUCCGGCUCACUCCCCGAGUCCCUCUCACGCUUCACCACUCUGCACUCCUUACAAGCUUCGCGCAACCGCAUGAGUGGCAGCAUCCCUGCAGGGCUGGCGUCGCUGACAGCCCUGCAGGAGCUGGACUUGUCGUGGAGCGGGCUGUCAGGCACCAUCCCUGCGCUGCUGCGUGCUGCUGCCCCCUCCCUGCAAGUGCACCUCGCUGGCAACGCCCUCUCUGGCUCUGUCCCCCCCUCUCUCUCCGACCUGCCCACCUCCUGCUUCCGCCCCGGCAACCCCAAGCUCUGUGGGAAGCCCCUGCCUGACUGCAAGAAGCGCUCUACCAAGCCCAGGAAGGGCCGCGUCAUUAUGGCCUCAUUCCCUCGCGCCCUCCCAUUCUUCCUCCCCGUCCCGUCGCGCCUUGCCCUCAUCGCCCUCCUUGCGCUCAUCGCGCUCCUCCGCCAGGCGGAAGCCGCAUACACCGAGCCGCCGAUCCCCGACGGGUGCGUCGCGGAGAUAGCGGAGGUGGACCGGGAGGCCAUGCGCGCGGUGUACGCGGCGCUGCCCAAGAUGAUGUUCUUCUGGCACGACGGCAUACCGCAGUACAAGCUGUUCGACGACAGCCACAACGUCUCCUACUGCUGCGUCGCGCCCACGCCCGCUGGUGUCUCGUGCCGCCUCUGGUGCCCGCUCGAGUGCACGCCCGCCGGCCGCAUAACGGGCAUUUUUUCUGACCCCAGCCGCCAGGACAUGCCCGGGCCCAGCGGGAGCGGAGGGAGCUGUCCGCCCGGUGCGCUGUCGCCCGCCAUUGGCGAUCUCGCGGAACUCUCCUCGCUGGUCUUCCGCCACUCGUGCCUCGCCGGCGACUUGCCGGACUCCGUCACGCGCCUCCAGAAGCUGAAGAUUUUUGAAAUGCCCGAAAACAUCUUAUCCGGGCCCAUUCCGCCAGGCCUCUUCCGCCUGCCCGCGCUCCGCCAUGUGGAUCUCAGCAUGAUUAGUCCCUACCCGUACUUUCAAGUUGAAUCUGAAGGCCUGUCGGGGUCCCUUCCCGACGGGCCCGACGCGUACUCCCCGUCGCUGGAAACGGUAAUCCUGUCCGGCAACGCGCUAUCGGGGGAGCUUCCGCGCGCCCUUCUCCGCGCGCCUGCGCUGCGCCGGCUGGACCUGCAGAACAACAACAUCACGGGGGAACUCCCGGAGGAGGCGGGCGCGUAUUCGCAGAGCAUUACCGCGCUCAUCCUGCGCAAAAACAGCCUCUCCGGCGCUAUUCCGCCCGCGCUGAAGGAGAUUACGGCGCUGCGGAAACUCGACCUGGGGGAGAACCGCCUAUCCGGCGCGGUGCCCGCGGCGCUGCGCGACUUCGAGUCGCUCAAGGCGCUCGACGAGGUGCGGCUCGACAGCAACGCGCUCACCGGGCCGUUCUGCGACGCGCUGCUGCCGGCGCGCGAGCUCUGGCUGGGCUUCAACGACCUGAGCGGAGGGACCGCUGGGAGCAGCGCCAACGCCAGCGGCGGCGGAGGUGAGGGGGAGGAAGGUGGGGGCUCUCUGCACGGCUGCGUCUUGCCCCCGAAGCUACAGAUGCUCAGCGCGCCGCACGCGGGGCUGCGGGGGAGCGUUCCGCCCGACCUGUUCCUGGCGACGAAUGCGCAGACGGGGCGGAGGCCCUCCAUGGGCGGCUUGGGUAGGAUAAUCCAGAUCGACCUGAGCUACAACAGCCUCUUGCGCAGCCUGACGGCUUUCACGGUGCUUCCGUCUGGGGACUUGGAUCUGUCGCACAACAACUUCUCCGGCGGCAUUCCCGAGGUGUUUUUCAGCGGCGGCUUCUCGUGCGCGGACCUGCGGAAUAAUGAGCUGUCGGGGCCGCUGUUUGACACGCGCCGAGAGGCGUGGAAUUACGACUGGGACGUGCUGCGCGUGAGCGGCAACAGCGCGCGCAUGGCGGGCGCCGUGGGCGCGGGGUACCUCCCCGCACUGUCGCCUAACGUGCAGGCGUCCGCUGCGGAGACUGAGGCGCUGCUGGCCGUGCGUGAUGCGCUCCUGGGGAAAACAGCGGGGGGAGCAGCGGGGCGAACGGCGUUGGCGGAUGGCGAAAGCAGCUCGUGGGCGGAGACACUGCGCAGCUGGGACGCGAGCAGCAGCAGCGCGUGUGCGUGGUACGGCGUGGGAUGCACAGCAGACGGACACGUGGACACGGUGCACCUGGAGGGCAAUACCAACGUCUUCCUGCACCCCAACGUCGUCCCAGAAACGCCCCAUUGCGAAUACGACAAGUACGGAUUCAAGAUGUGCGGGCACGCGGAUCCGCCGCCUCCCCGCCAACUGCGGUUCUUCCUGCGGGGCCUUCCUGGCGGCAGCUCGAACAGCAAUGCGGGCGGGAGUCUGUCGGAGGCGUUGGGGCAGCUGACGCAGCUCACCUCGCUGCGCAUCUCCGGGCACGCCCUCUCCAGCGGCCUGCCGUCGUCCCUCUCACGCCCCUCUCACCUCGUCACUCUCGACCUCUCCUCCAACCGCCACCUCUCCGGCUCCAUCCCUCCGGGCCUCUUCGCCCUCCCCUCGCUGCGAGAGCUCUCCCUCCGCGGGAACAACCUCACGGGAGAGCUCCUCCCAGCCGCCACUGCAGCAGCGGCAGCAGCAGCAGCAGCAGCAGCAGGGGCGGAGGCGGCGGCGCCGCCGCUGCUGUCACCGAGUUUGGAGAGUCUAGACGUGGGGGAGAACGCUCUCUCGGGGUCCAUUCCAGCUGACGUGGGUCUUCUGACGGGGCUGACGCGCCUGGCGCUGGACCACAACCGGCUGGACGGCAGCUUGCCAAGGGAGCUCGGCGCGCUCUGGAUGCUCACACACCUGCAGCUGCAGGGGAACGCCCUCCAGGGGGACGUCUCUGCACUCGCUGCCGCCUUCCGCCCCCCUGCUGCUGCCAGCGAUGGCAGUACCGCCGACUCUGCUGCCUCCAGUGCGCCUGGCUUGUGGGGUCUCAGCGGGGUGUUCCCGCUGCUGACUCGUCUGGAUGUUAACAGCAAUCAGCUCUCGGGCGAUGUAGCCACGCUCUCCCCUCUCCCGCAACACUUCCACACACUCAACGUCUCUCACAACCUCCUCACGUGCGGUCCCGGCAACGCCUCCUGGAACGCCGACUACCUGGACCUCUCACACAACCGCAUCAGCGCCCCGCUUCAGGACCUCUUUGCGAAAGACGACAGCUUCGAUUCGAAAGUGCUGCGCCUGUCUCACAACCAGCUCUCGGGACCCAUCCCUGCCACGCUCCUGCGAGACACAGUGCAAGGAGAGUUGGACCUCUCACACAACCUGCUCACGGGAUCAGGAAAAGUGGAGCUUGCAUGCAAGUUACAGGCUCGGCUGAGCCACAAUGAGCUCACUGGGAGCAUCCCUAGUAUCGUAUUCUCCUCGUGCCUAUCGCUGCUCGACCUCUCCCACAACCAGCUCUACGGCCCCAUCCCAGACCCUCCCCAGAGGAACAGCCAGAGCUCCUCCCUCGUCCCCCUCGCCUACUUGGACCUCUCUUCCAAUAAGCUCACAGGAAGCAUCUCCGAUGCUCUUGUCACCGGCCUCACAGCCCUAUCCCACUUGGACCUCUCUGACAACCUGCUCUCGGGUUCGUUGCCGCGCUCGCUCGCCCUCGCCCCCGCGCUCACCCACCUGGACCUCUCACGCAACAAGCUCAAGGGCUCCCUGCCUGCCUUCUGCCAGGGCAAGCAGCGCCUCGCCUCUCUCCUCCUCUCCUCCAACACUUUCUCUGGCCCCCUCUCCUCCCUCCUCCCCUCCUCCUCCUCUUGCGCCUCCUCCCUCCUCUCCCUCAACGUCUCCACCAACCAGCUCUCCGGCUCGCUCCCCUCGUCCCUCUCGCGCUUUACCGCUCUGCACUCCUUGCUAGCGGCGCGCAACCGCAUGAGCGGCAGCAUCCCCGCAGGGCUGGCAUCGCUGACGGCCCUGCAGGAGCUGGACGUGUCGUGGAGCGGGCUGUCAGGCACCAUCCCUGCGCUGCUGCGUGCUGCUGCCCCCUCCCUGCAAGUGCACCUCGCUGGCAACGCCCUCUCUGGCUCCGUCCCCCCCUCUCUCUCCGACCUGCCCACCUCCUGCUUCCGCCCCGGCAACCCCAAGCUCUGUGGGAAACCCCUGCCUGACUGCAAGAAGCGCUCUUCCAAGCCCAGGAAGGGGAGGUUGUAG